ACCUUUUUAAUGUCACUGUCAUAAGGGACAAACAUCAAAUUACUUAGUUUUUUGAGGAAUUUGAAAAAUUCAAGUUAUUCAGUAAGCAAAUAAUCGAUAAAUUAUUCGGAGUAUAAUUGUUCACUCGAUUAUUCAGUUAUUAUAUUGGGCAAAAUAGUCUGAAUGGGCAACACAGUGGCCUGUGCUGAAAUAGCAGCAAAUAACAUCACCAAUCCAUCUGCUGUUGAAGAAAUAUUGAGGAAUAAUGCAUCUGAACCCAAACUACCACCCGGCCAUCCUCCCAUUGCACAUUACGCUAAAGAAAUACCAAAGGAAUGUCCUAUGCACCAAGAGGCAAAACCUGAACAAUAUGCUCGAGAAAGAUGUCCCAUAGAUCAUAACAAUAAGGAAGAAAUAAAUCCACUCAAUAUGAUGGGUCCAGCAAAUCAAAAACCAUCUCCAGGACAACCGUUUCCACUUCCAGUUGAACGUGAAGUUUCCACAAUUCCUAAAGCUAUAGUGAAGGAGGGUGAGAGUCCAUUUUGGGUUUAUCCAAGUCAACAGAUGUUCUGGAAUGCUAUGCUGAGAAAAGGAUGGAGAUGGAAGGAGGAAGAUAUACAGCCAAAAGAUAUGGCAGAUAUUAUAAAAAUUCAUAAUGCCAAUAAUGAGCAAGCAUGGCUAGAAGUGUUAAAAUGGGAAGCACUUCAUGCUAAGGAAUGUGGAAAUCCAAAACUCAAAAGUUUUGGAGGAAAGGCAACAAAUUAUAGCCCAAGGGCGAGGAUAAGGUGGUUGAUGGGUUAUGAACUCCCAUUCGAUAGACAUGAUUGGAUAGUAGACAGAUGUGGAAAAGAAGUUAGAUAUGUUAUCGAUUACUACGAUGGAGGAGCAUUAGAUAAUAGCUAUAAAUUUGCUUUGUUGGAUGUGAGACCAGCAAUGGACAGCGUUGACAAUGUAUGGGACAGAAUGAGGGUAGCAUGGUGGAGAUGGAUGUACAGCAAUGAGUAGAGUUUCGAUUAGUUGCAGUAUUGUUAAUUAUUAUGUAAGAUGAAAGUUAACUUAUUGUAAAGUAUCAUAUAAAGCACUCGUUCUAAUCGA